GUGGCUUUCCACUGGCCCAUGGCGCCCUUCUCUGCGUGCGUCAUGGCAUGCCACCAGACUCCAGCAAGUCUCAGGCUUCGCAGACCCUCAGCCUCGCAAGAGCUCAGCAAUGGCAGGGUGCGCUCGAGACCUUGCGUGGAGAUGCAGCACCGAAGGUUGUGGCCUUCAACUCGACCAUUUCAGCCUCUGCAAGAGCCUUUGUUUGGACCUUGGCCCUGGAGGUGCUGAGAACUUUGCGGACUUCUUUGGCACUGCAGCCGACAGUGGUGACUUUGAACAGCGGCAUUGGCGUCUUUGAAAAGGGAAAGAAAUGGUCAGAAGCUGUGAAUUUCCUGGCAAGGAUGCGGCAGCAACAAGUCAGAGCAGAGGAAUUAAGUUUCAACAGCUGCAUGACAGCGGUGGGCCAGUGGCAGAUUCAUCAUUCCCUGCUGAAGCAGAUGCACCUGCUGAAACUGCAGCUGGACGCAUUUUCCUUCCGGGCAUCUGCUGAAAAAGCACACUGGCUCCUAGCCGUGGCACUGCAAGAGAGGUUUCGAUGCUCGUUCUUGGUGUCGAAUGCCUUCCUCGACAGCGCGGUGGUGCACGCCUGUGAGGAGCGCUGGGAGGAGACGCUGCAGCUGCUACAGCGUGCCAGCUCGCUGCCUGACAUUGUGAUGUAUAACGCCAUCAUGAGCUCCUGUGAGAAAGCCAGCCAGUGGACAACAGCUCUGGCAAUCCUGGAAUUUGUGGGAAAGAUCAGUGUGCGGCGCAGCAUCGUCUCGUAUAACACAGUCAUGAGUGCCUGUGUAAGCACUGAAAACUGGCAGCUGGCAAUGGAUCUCUACACCGAAGCGAUGCAGUCGACAAUGAGGCCGAAUGAGUUGACUGCACUGGCCGUGGUCACCGCCUACGAUCAAGGCUAUCAAUGGAAGCGCGCCAUGGCCUCACUUGCAUCUUUCAAGACGGGGCGGCUCACAUCAGCGCGGAAUGCCGUGGUGUCUGCCUGCAGCACCACGGCACAGUGGCAGAUGGCUCUGAACAUCUUCGCUGAGCAGGUCUCAGCCACCCUGCAGCCCGACAUCAUCGGCGCCAACGCGGCCCUGCAGGGCGCGGCCGAGGGCCGAGGCUGGCGACGCAGCGUGCGGCUCGUGGCGGAGAAACCAACGGUGAUUACGAUGAACGCUUUGCUGAGCAACUUCGAAACCACUUCGAACUGGCUUGAAGCCAUUGGGCUCCAGGAAGUCUUUCAAGGACAUCAGGUGGAGUCUGAUGUGGUGUCCUUCAACUGUGCCAUGGGGGCAGCUGCUGCUGGCAGUUGCUGGCGCCAAAGUCUGAAACUCCUUGGCGAAAUGAAGCGCUGCGAGGUGAUGGCGAAUGAGCGAAGCGUGGCAGCCGUCCAAAGUGCCUGUACCAAAGCGACCGCUGUCGAUUUGAAAAGGGCCAAGAAUCUCAUCACCCAGAUGCUGACCUUUGACCCCAGCAUCCGACCCACUGCCGAGACGGUGCUGAUGAGUCCAUGGUUGAAGUUCAAGGGGACGCCGAAGUCCACUCCUUUGUCAAAAGACUUCGUCACAAGGUUAUCUGGUUUCCGCGCAUUUUCGAAACUCAAAAAGGUGGCGUUGACAGCGCUGGCACAGCAACUGCCAGAUGAGAAGAUCGAAUCCUUGCAGAAGACCUUCAGAGCUUUGGAUCAGAAUGGCGAUGGCAUGCUCUCCGUGGAAGAGAUUCGGGAAGCCAUCGUCCAGCAGGGUUUGAAGCCCCCCAAGGCUCUGGAGGACAUUCUGCAGGCGAUCGACUGCAAUGGUUCUGGAAGCCUGGAUUACACCGAAUUCCUGGCAGCCAUGUUAGACCAGAAGGUCUACAUGCAGCGGGACGUUUGCUGGGCAGCGUUCCGCAUUUUCGACUUGGAUGGUGACGGCAAGAUCACGCGAGAGGAGUUGGGCAAGGUUUUAAACGGCGACUCUGUGCAAGAGCUCUUCGGCACGAGGAAGAUCGAAAAGAUGAUUGAAGAAGUGGACAAGGAUGGUGACGGAGCUGUGGACUUCGAGGAGUUCUGUGCCAUGAUGUCGUCCAAGGCCGAACCGCCGAGUAAACGACAGAAGCUGAACUGA